ACUUUUCAGAGAAGAAAAUCGUAUCUCUCAGCAAAGUCGCACUCGACGUCGUCCGUCGCCUGGAAGAAAAGUUUCGUCGUCCCUGGAAGGAAAAUCGGUCCCCGCACGGAAACCUCCUCCCGUGAAGAGUUCAAGUGAAGACAGCAGGAAUAGCUUAGCAGCAUAAGGAUGCCGGGAUUCAUGUUCAACAUCGACGGUGGCUACCUGGAGGGCCUCUGCCGUGGCUUCAAGUGCGGAAUCCUCAAGCAGGCGGACUACCUCAAUCUGGUCCAGUGCGAAACGCUCGAAGAUUUGAAACUGCACCUGCAGGGUACCGACUAUGGCCAGUUCCUGGCCAACGAGCCGUCACCACUGGCGGUUUCCGUGAUUGACGACAAGCUGCGCGAGAAGCUCGUGAUUGAGUUCCAGCACAUGCGCAACCACGCGGUCGAGCCGCUGUCCACGUUCCUGGACUUCAUCACCUACAGCUACAUGAUCGACAACAUCAUUCUGCUGAUCACCGGUACUCUGCACCAGCGCCCGAUUUCGGAGCUGAUCCCCAAGUGCCACCCGCUCGGUAGCUUCGAGCAGAUGGAGGCCAUCCACGUGGCGGCCACUCCGGCCGAGCUGUACAACGCCGUGCUGGUCGACACGCCGCUGGCUCCGUUCUUCGUCGAUUGCAUCUCCGAGCAGGAUCUGGACGAGAUGAACAUCGAGAUCAUCCGUAACACGCUGUACAAGGCGUACCUGGAGGCGUUCUACGAGUUCUGCAAGAACAUCGGUGGCACCACCGCCGACGUGAUGUGCGAGAUCUUGGCUUUCGAAGCCGAUCGUCGGGCCAUCAUCAUCACCAUCAACUCGUUCGGCACCGAGCUGUCCAAGGACGACCGCGCCAAGCUGUACCCGCGUUGCGGCCGCAUGAACCCGGACGGUUUGGCCGCGCUGGCCCGUGCCGAUGACUACGAGCAGGUCAAAGCCGUGGCCGAGUACUACGCCGAGUACGCUGCCCUGUUCGACGGAUCGGGCAACAAUCCCGGCGACAAAACGCUCGAGGACAAGUUCUACGAGCACGAGGUCAAGCUGAACGUGUACGCCUUCAUGCAGCAGUUCCACUUCGGGGUGUUCUACUCGUAUCUGAAGCUGAAGGAGCAGGAGUGCCGCAACAUUGUCUGGAUUGCGGAGUGUGUGGCCCAGAAGCACCGCGCCAAGAUCGACAACUAUAUUCCGAUUUUCUAAGGUGGGAGUGUUGUUGUGGUCGUUAGUCGUUAAGCACCAACAUCCAUUUACCAGCAAGGAUAGAAAGUUUGAACACACAUUCCGCCAUCUGCGCUUGUUGAUAUCGAGAACAUCCGCCACAUCCGCAAGGUAAGUUGGAAACGAAAAUAAUCAACCCUAAAGUAUUGUUUCCUCUUUCGUGUUUUAAAAGUUAUCACAUUGCGAAGGAUAAUUACACUAAUAAUUGUGCAUUGGUAGAAUAUAUUUUCUCUAAACUUUCGUUUAUUCUGUUGAGAAUGUGUAGAGAACGAAGCCGCCGUUUCUGUUGUUUGUUUUUGUAUACACUUGCUUUUAAACAAAAUUUUUAUUUUAUUUGUACACAAUUCAUUCGCCUUUUGGAUUAUGUACAAUAUAUGUCGAUAAGAAAGUAAAAUCAUAUUAUGUAUUAUAUAAAUAUCUAGAUGGAUCACCUAGGUAUCCCCACAUCGAUAAACCUACAUACCUACUUAAAUGUAAAGUGGUGAAAUAUAUAAUGUUUAGAUGCCCUGGAAA